CUGGAACGCGCGUGUUGUUUGAAAGAGUGGGCUUCGGAGAAACGACGUCGCCUGUGUGUCGCUGCUGUCGAAGGGUUUUUGCCAUAGGCCGAGUGUUUCCCUUAGCGAACUGGGAUAUCGAGGUGUGUGUACAGGAAAGCAGAUAGUUUGAGAGUGAUUUGAAAUGCGUACACCGUUUUAGCUGCUGGGAUUAGAAUAGCCAUUUGUGUGAUCCGAAAAACGAAUCCGAUAUUCAACAAGGCCCUCUGGCAUUUGGCGAUCAGAUUCCUGGCUCCGUUAUCACGGUGUGCGAAAGUGUGUGUGCGCGGUGGGUUUGCCGUGUUGCCUGCUGUCUGUCGGGCGAACAGAGUGAAACAUUUUUGAUUACUUUCCGGGUUACUAGAGCAGUGAAAACAAGCGAGUUAAGUGUGUAUCGAACGGCGGCGGCACGCAAGAAGCAGCCAAACGAAGAUAAAAUAAAAUUCACAAUCAGUGUAAUCUGGCCCGCCGGUAGCCACGGUCUGUAAACAGGUGGUUCUUCAAGUGUGUAUAGUGUGGUGUGUGGUGAUGAUAUUGUGCAACGACGACACUAGUGCUCCGGGCUGUAAUCAUCGAAUUGCUGCUUAGAGCCCGCAACGCCCCAGUGCACAAAACGUUACUGAGACAACAAACCGAACAACGUGUGUCUCUGUGUCUGAUCAUGACGAUAUUACUGCGUCAGCGCUAAUGGUGUUUACGAGUGUUUACGGUGGUGAUAUAAGUUGCUGACUCAGAAACGUUCGACGAAGAUCCGAUAUCCAGUUAGUUUGUGUUGAACCUCCACCACCCCGAAGCCCCCGAUCGAAAGCGGGGCUCGCAGAUCGAGCCGUUUUACAGCAAUGUCUCCGAGAAUGGAUUUAUCAGCAAGCAGGCGUACGAUGAGCCGUACACUAACAGUUCUGCUGCUGAUCGGUUUGGCGAUAGCGAACAAAACGAUGGACACACGGGAAGGCGAAGAUGUGACACUGAAGUGCCGCUUCAACGAGCACUACUCCGACCGGGAGUACUCAUACUAUUGGGCCCAGCAGUCACCGAAUAAGUACGACAAUGUUGCAAUUAAGGGAGAUACCUUCAACUCGAACUACAAGAUUGACUACCGACCAAACCAAGGAAUUUACGAUUUGCAAAUCUUUAACGUAUCGUACGCCCGGGAUAAUGGACGGUUCGAGUGUCGCAUCAAGCAGAUCGGAAGCGACAGUGCGAUCUAUGAAGAUUAUUACAACCUGACGGUGCUAACACCACCGCAGCCCCCGUUGAUCUUUCCCGGCAGCGAAACCACCGCCACGGAAGACAAGAAGCAAGAACUGACGUGUAGCAGUGUGGGUGGUUCUCCGGAUCCAACGAUCUCCUGGUAUCGCGAAGGAAGUACAACACCUCUGGCGGCCAAUCUGAUCUACGGUGGAUCGCGUGACAUGCAGACGACCAGCACACUGACCAUUAUCCCACGCCGAGAAGAUGACGGAGCGAAGUUCACUUGUGUCGUGUGGAAUCGGGCUAUGCCGGAGAGCCAGCGCUUGGAAACGGUUACAACUUUGUCGGUGAAUUAUUAUCCCCGAGUGGAAAUUGGUCCAGAAAACCCGUUGAGUGUGGAACGCGACCAGACAGCCAAGCUUGAGUGUAACAUCGACGCCAAACCGAAGCCCGAGCAGGUGAAGUGGACACGGAACGGGCGCUUCAUCUCGUCGCACCCGACGCACACAAUUCAUCGUGUGUCGCUGCAGGAUGCCGGCCGUUACACCUGCUCGGCCGAUAACGGGUUGGGCAAGGUUGGCGAACAGGAAAUCACACUGAACGUCCUCUACCCGCCGAUUGUGCAGAUCGAAACGAAGGCCAAGACGGCAGAGGAGAAGGAAACGGUUCACAUUAAGUGCAACGUUACCGCUAACCCACCGCCGGUGACCAUCGAGUGGCUGAAGGAGGGCGAUAUUGAUUUCCGGCGCAAUGGCGAUACGCUUGUGCUGCGCGACGUGCGAGCGGAAGACGCCGGGAACUACAUUUGCCGGGGCAUCAAUAUGAUGAAGCCGUACGGUGGCAAGACGCUAGAGCGUGAAGGUAACGCCUCGGUAGCGCUGCUGGUGCGCCACCGCCCCGGGCAGGCUGUAAUUACGCCGGAAAAACCGGUUGUGCAUGUGGGCAACAGUGUCAGCUUGAUGUGCAAAGCGGAUCCCCCCGGCUAUCCGGAUCCACAGUACCGUUGGUACCGGGAUGUGGGCGGCGAGAUGUCAACCACGGUGAUUGCCCAAGGAGCACAGUAUCUGAUACCGAAGGCGGGACUUUCGAGCGAAGGAAAGUACCACUGCCAUGCAAGCAACGAGCUCGGUAAUGGGGGUAUGGCAAGCGCUACGCUUGAAAUUCACCAACCGCCGCAAUUUUUGGCCAAACUGCAAUCGAACAUGAUCAAGCGUGCGGGCGAGGUGGACUUUUUCGUAACUUGCAGCGCCAAAGGAAAGCCGGAACCGUCGAUCACGUGGCUGAAGGAUGAUGUGGAGAUCACACCGGAACUGCACCGCUACGAGGUGAAGUCGAACGUGGACAAGGGACCUAACGGAAUGGUAACGGUGCAGAGCAUGCUCAAGUUUACCGGCAAAGCGCGCCCGAACGGCAACGACCUGAUCUCGACCGAUCGGGGCCAGUACACGUGUCUGUACGAAAAUGAGGUAAACAAGGCCAAUUCUACGAUGCAUCUGAAGAUCGAGCAUGAACCGAUCGUGCUGCACCAGUACAACAAGGUGGCAAACGAUAUUAAGGAAACGGCGGAGGUAUUGUGCAAGGUUCAGUCGUACCCGAAGCCAGAGUUCCUGUGGCACUUUGGAACGACGCUGCUGAGCACGGGUGGGCACUACGAGAUCCUCACCAACUCGGACGGUAAUGACGUGUACACCAGCAUCCUCAAGAUCAGCAACGUGCGUCACCAGGACUAUGGCGAAUAUCAUUGCCGAGUGUCGAACUCGCUGAACCACAUCCAGGUGCCGAUUCGAUUGCAGCCGAAGGGUCCGCCAGAGAAACCGAACAAGUUGAAGGCCGUUGAGCUUGGUUCGAACUAUGCGAUCCUUUCGUGGAGUCCUGGAUUUGAUGGUGGGCUGGCCAACACAAAGUAUUUCGUGUCGUACCGGAAAAUAGUGAUCCCGAACGAGAGUCUCAUGACUGAAGAAUGUGCGGCUGUGGCUGCGAGCGGUGCCGAAUGGAUGGAGUUUGACUGUCAGCGUGAGGUACCCUGCACGAUCAGCCCGCUGGACCACCAUCAGAGCUACGUGUUCAAGGUGAAGGCAUUGAACACGAAGGGCGUUUCGGAGCAUUCGAAUGAAAUCACUGCCACGACGAAGGUGGAAAAGGUUCCGAUUCCACUGUUGGCCAAUUUCGAUCCGGAAACGAAGAUACUGGGAUUAAAUAUUGGCGCGACCUGCCUGUCGAUGGUGGCGAUCGUCGAAUCGGUUAUGUACGGCGAUACUCCAAUGGCGGCGUGGCACAUUAUCGAGAAGGUAGAUUUGCAGGUGAACGGUCACGAUCCGACGUACCGCGAGCACGAAAUAAAGCACUUUGUAGCGAACCGACGCAACAACGGUCGCUCGCUGGGCAACACGCUGGACGACAUUCCUAUCCCGAUCGAGGACGAGCUGAAUCCGCGGGUGCGCGUGAAGCUGUGUCUCAAAAUCAAUCACGAGUACUGUGGCGAAUAUCUUGAGGCAGACAUUGGGCAAUCCCUCAUCCAGGAAGCAUCCUUCGUCGAGCUACCGACAUUGAUCGCGAUUGUGGUGUCGUGUGUCGUAGCCGGUCUGUUCGCCGUGCUGGUGAUUAUGUUCUGUCGCUGCAAGCGGAACCAGAUGAAGGAAUCGGUAAAGUCCAAGGAGUACGAUAUCGAUUCGAUCCAUCCGUCGAUUGUGGCCCAACAAAACCAGGCCCCACCUCCGUACUAUUCUGCCAGCAGCUUAGAAAACAAGGCGCUGGAGCAUUCGAUGGAUUUGGCAAUGGAUCAAAAUACGGCCUUGUAUGCAAGCCAACAGCCAACGUACGGUUACCAUCAGCAGAAUGCAAUGAUUCCACAAGUGCCGCAGAAUGAUUGGUCAAACAUGGGCUACGUCGAGAAUUCGUACUCGAACUCCAACAACGGUGGAAGCGUCAACUCGCAGGACUCGAUCUGGCAGCUGAAAAUGUCGGCCGCGGCCUCGAACUCGGCCAACAUGAUUCCGCAGCACAACUACAUGGACCAGCAGAUGCAACAAAACUACGGCUAUGACCCGAUGACCCACGGCGGAUACGGUGCCGUUGACGAUUACGCUCCCUACCCACAUCUAAUGACUACCGCCAGCCAGCACGGUGGAGAUGACUAUCAUCACAACAUGCGCAACAGCCAGAAUCCAUCGCGCCAGGACUACUGCAGCGAUCCGUACGCGUCCGUUCACAAGCCCAAGAAACGCAUGGAUCAGCAUAUGGACUUUGUCGCCGAAUCCCCUUACCACGAUGUGAGCGGCCUGCCGGACCCGUACAUGGAGCAGGAGGAAGCAAAGUCCCCGGUGCAAAAUCAGCAUCUCUCGAUGAGCUACGAUGAUGCGCUAGCCAUGGAAAGCGGUUACUCGACACCAAACUCCCGCAAUCGUCGUGUCAUUCACGAGAUUGUGGUGUAGGCAACUAGGGCAUUGCCCAGUGCGGCCUUGGUGCAAACGAAACAACGAGCUAGAACAACGACAACGAAUCAUUGAUGGUAUUGGAAGGAAAGCAAAAAAACUAAACACAGACCGGGCAAUCGAACGAAUCAAAAACCACGGGACAGUCAUCUCCGCAGGAGGCGAGCAUGCAUAAAACGGGCGACUGACUACUAUCGGCAGGGCCAGAAGCCAACGGCGAACGUUGCGUUUGCUUGCACACCUGCCAGCGCUGUCGAACCGUAGUUCAAAUUAAUUUACCUUUUCUUCUAAAUUAUUUGUUUUAAUCGAAACAUUGAAAUUGUUGCAAUCCUCCACCACCGACGGACGCGCGUGGACGAAAUGGAAACGUUGGCUCAGAGCCAUAGCAAGGGGAGGCAUAUGUUGAUCUCAAAAUAUAGCUCCUUGCGGUGUUGAUGAGUGAGUGGUUCCGUUGGAGGUGCCGAUGUUGCAACUAUAAAACUGUGAUUGUAUAUAUAGAUAACUGUAAUUCGCAUGGAGCGAUGGUUUUAUGACAACACCGAGAGGCGCACAACUGUCGGCCGAGCACAUUUCGAGUGUGCGUUUCGUUUGUAGGUAGUGUGCGUAACGAACAAUCGAGCUGCGCCGACAUCGACGAUCUACGAGUCGCGGGAUCCGUAUCGGCCAAUGCAAUGCACCUCUGCCAGCAGUGCCGAGCUGUAUAAGUAGCGUUAGCAAUUAAGCAAAGGUCGGCCUAUAGUAAGCACUUGGAUUAAGUUAUCACGAAACAUGACCAUUCUGAAUCUCUGAUGGUAUCUAUGCAGACGCGCGUCACUGAACCGGAGGUUAAGAACCGAAUGUGCCAUUAGCUUGUAGUAGGUAUUCUCCUGCCAAUAGUUCUUUUCCACAAAGUCCGACCCGAUGUGACGAUGGGCCAGCCAGCAGGUGUCUGAAGGCAUUGUGCUGGCUAGAAAAACGAGACCACCUGCCCCUUAUCUUCCUGGGAAGGGGAGUUGGAGUGACUGCAUCAUCGUCUCAUCACGGAACUACAUCUCUUCUAGUGUGUCCGUCUGGCGGUGCCAUUGUUAGAUCGUUUCGUGCCAAGUCUUCCUUCUAGAGUAGCGGGCGCAUUAAAGCAAAGGUGCAUUCCAUGUUGUGUUUUUAUCGAAGCGUCGUACUAUUGCCAACGUAACUGCGGCUCCGGUAGGUCUUCUGCGUUUCGGUUGAGCAGUAGCGUAGUGUAGUUUAGGAGAGUAUCGUUUAAAGUAGGAUUAAUUGAACCGUCGACUUGUGUGUGGCGUCGGUCGUCCGUUUUGCUCCUUCCGCGCGGUGUCUCAUUGGACAAGGUUCGGUUCUGCUCGGCGGCUGCGCAUGCAAGUAAGCGUCCCGUCGAUGGCUUACGUCAGUUAUAAACGGAGCGAGCGCGUUAAGCUAAAGUAAAGUAAAGCCUUAGCCCAUAAUCUGACUAUGCUCCUCAGUGUACAUAGCGGUAGGGAGCGAAUGUAAAUGAGAGAAGCGCACAUUGCUUAAAUACAAAGAAUCUGAAAGUCUUGAUUCGAUUGCUUAAGGAAACAAGUGUGCAGAGCAUAACAUAGUAGUACGUACGUACGUAAGCAACAAUUAUGUAUUAAGAAGCGUUGGAAUGCUGGAGGAAGUUGUUUGGAAGUGUGUUUAUUGUUUGUAAAGAGAAGGAAACAACCUGCUGGCAAGCAGCGGAUUUAAUAAGCAUCUGCAGCGGGGAUAAAUCACGCCGAUACACAACUUGAACGGAAACAAAAAGUUUGCUAGACAACACAGCGAAGAAGGAGUUGUGCAUCAAAAUGGAUGAAGUUUCUUAAUUUACGCUAGUUUUUCUUCGAAUGAAAAGCGCUCUAACGCCGUGCUGCGCUUCAUUCACCGCCGAUUGCCGGGACUCAUAUAGCGUGGGGCGAAAAGGCGGACAGCGUAUCCUGUCGCCUGGGCAAAACGAGUGGCGGGAGAACGAAGGAAGAGAAAGAGACUGAAUUUAUCGGCCAACGCAUCAGGCGCGCAUAAGCUGCAAAACAUCAUAGUCCUUUGCAAAAAAAAUACUUUCCCGAAAGUGACAAAGCACGCGCGAAGACAACAGCGGCCAUGGUACAGCUUACAUUAUGCUCUGCUGCAUGCCGCGAACGAACGGGCGCGAACGAAAACAGCACUGUUUUCACCCAACGUCUUGCGAUUAGGAUAAAAAAUCGCAUUCGAAGCAGUGAUUGACGAUAAAUAUGCUUUCCGCGCUUUUUCACACCACUGCCCCUUUUUUUUGCUUGCCCACGCCCGGCAACAGUUUGGCGUUUACAAGUUUGACUGCCGCCGUGUUGAAGCGCUACGACAUUUUAGUGUUAAGUGAUGAGGAAAUUUGUUUUCGUGUAGCAAACAACAGCAGCAGCAGUGCUUGUGGGCCACGUGCGUGGGCAAGAGUACGCCAAUCGAAAGCUCUCUCUCUCUCGCUCUGGGUCUGCUGUCGACCGAUCGGGGGGAUGAUGGGACCGACCAAGCCGGCACCGAUGAUGGGGCGGCAGCUAGUAAUGAAGAUAAGGGAUAUAAAUAAAUAGACGCGAGAAAGAGUGAGCGCGCAUU